AUGUGGACAGUUAUCGAUUCGAGAGAUGAGGCAUCAAAAGCAGCCUACAACAGCAAUGUCCAGCUAUGGACCCUCUACGGGAUCGGCUGCGUGGUGACACUACUUAGGACAUAUUCACAAUGCAAAGACCUGGGAUGGAGAAGAUUGCGCCUUGACGAUUAUCUGAUAUGGGUUGCUAUUGUAUUUUACACUGCGCAAGUGGCAUUAGCGUAUAGUGUCGGAAAUGCAGCCCACGGUCUCGCAAACAACAGCAUGACAGAGGCUCAGAGAGCUGCAUUGGCUCCAGACAGUACGGAAUACCGAGAAAGGAUAAUUGGCUCCAAGAUACAAAUUGCCGGUUGGGCCACAUAUACAGCGUUGAUAAGCUCGCUCAAGUUGUCGAUGCUAGUGUUCUAUACGCGACUUAUGGAUGGUCUCGGUCGUCGCUAUCGCGUGCCAAUAUGGAUUGGAUUCGCCCUCGUUAUCGGGAGCUUCAUCGCCUGCAUGAUCACGAUUCUUGCGGCAUGCCGGCCCUUCAACAAGAAUUGGCAGAUCCAUCCUGACCCCGGCAAUUCCUGUCAACCUGCCAUUUCCAAGCCGGUGAUCGCCGCAACCUUUGCAGCAAAUCUCGCCACAGAUCCAUAUCUCGUUUUGAUACCAAUUCCCAUGCUUUGGAAAUCCAGCCUAAAGCUCAUGAAAAAGAUUGCGGUGACAAUAGUACUUGGCGCGGGGAUCUUUAUUCUCGUGUGUGCGACAAUCAAGAGUGUUUUUCUGUUGGUGGAACCCAAUAAUGGAGCAUCGAUAGCAGACGAAUGGGGCACACGAGAGACAUUUGUCGCCGUGAUCACAACGAAUCUCCCUAUGAUUUUCCACCUGUUCCGAACCUGGCUAGCCCGUGGCUUUGGCAGCGCCUUCCAAUCAUCUCAGCGAACCUACCAGAUACCAUCAGGGGGAUUCCAGAACACCGGUGGUGGGACAACUCGGAAACGAGGCCGAGGAGGCACCAGCAGCCGGGAUCCGAUCACUGUCGGCCUGACAUUCACCGAGAGUGAAGAACGGAUGAUGCACGACAUUAAGCUGCAGACGCUGGAGCCACACGAAGGCCCCGCAGCUGGUGCUAUAAUGGUCUCAAACCAGAUUGAAGUCACCCAUCAGACGCGAAAUAGUCAUGCCAGGGAACCGCCUGCGCCCGGAGAAGAUGGAAAUUGGUAG